AACAUGAAGCUCCUGGUUUAUAUAACUUCUGUCUUAGUGUUUGUGGCUGCCGUGUCUGCUGCCCCAUUGGGUUAUGACCUGAGACCACCGACUUACCCAUACUUUCAUCAUGGCUUUUGCGCUCACGGACAAGUGCGACACGUGGACGGUAGCUGUAUUACUCCUCAAGUGUAUACACGGGCAUUUCUCUACGAUGCUCCAAGAAGAUUAAAUUAUUUUAGGCGGCCACAUUACAUCCCGCAACCUAAAGUGGAACGCAAUGUCGUUUUCGUGAGGCUGCCCGAAGAUGACCAGGGACCUGAUCCGAUCAUAGUGCCUCCUCCUCAGCAGCAACAGGUCGUGUACGUCCUCAACAAGCAAACGGAACAGGACCAGCGAGUGAUAGAAGUGCCAGCACCGCCGCCGACGGAGCCUGAAGUGGUGUUCGUGAACUAUGAAGAUGGCGAGAACCCGAUCCUUCCCUCCGGGGAAGACCUCCACUCGGCAGUGACUACGGCUUCUCAUGGCGUCGGUCACAUUGUAGAAAGUGGAGGAAUCGGAGGUGGAAUCAGUGGUAUCGGUAGUGGAAUCGGACAUUCCACUGGGCACAGUUUCACAAACAGCGCUGGUCAUGCCUUCGGAGCUAAUUUUGGCAUCGACAUCGUAAACCAUAAUCUUCCCGCAAGUGAUUACUCUACUCCAACAAAUCAUCACUCUACCCAUACAAACCACCACUCCACUCACACGAGUCAUUUUUCUAGCCCAGUAAGUCACUAUACCACUCCCAGAAACCACUACUCAACCCCUGCAACCCUCUAUAGUACUCCCAGAAGCCAUUACUCAACCCCUGCUACCUACUAUAGUACUCCCAGAAGCCAUUACUCAACCCCUGGAAGUCAUUACACUACUCCUUCGAGUCUCUACACCACUCCAUAGAGAUGGUUCUUUUAGUAGAUGAUAUGGACUACAAUGAGAAGAUUUUGCAGGAUUCUAGAUAUGCACACUAACAUGUGCUAUAUCUGUAGAUUUUACAUUUAUAUACAAUGCGAAAACAUGUAUCGGUGCAUUCACCGAAGCAAAUAAAGUUUCAAUUUAUA